AUGCCACGGAAACAUAAUCAGCGCCCGCUUUCUUUAAAUAUGCACGUGCCGGAGCACAUAUCAGUUACUGGUCAACCGUUAAGUAUUAGCAGAGCUUUGGAGCAGGGGAUUACGGACCACGAACGUGCAGUUCAACUGAUGAACGUACCAGAUCGUAUCGUAUUGACUGGCGGGAAUAGCUACAAAGGCUUUACUUCUCAGCCGACUGAUUUGAUGGAAAAUCAGUCAUUAUCUUCCAGCGAGAGCUGUUUGUUGAAUGUACCGCCUUCAAUAACGCUCCACGAUAUUCCAGCUCCUGAUUUAGGCGACGAAGCCAAUAUGCCUGACGAAUCGGCGCGAUGUGAUAGCUCUAUGGCCAUCGAUGAAAAUCCUAUAAGAGAACUUAAGAUAAUGCGACGACAAAUUGGAGGUCUUUCAUCCAGACUUUAUCAGUUGGAAGACGAACUCCACAAAUAUCGAUCCAAAGAAAAGCUCCUUCUCACUACAAUUUUUGGUAUCGCCACUGCAUUUCUUCUUGCUCUAUUUAAGAAAUAG